AUCAGCUACACACACCUGGAUAUAUAAUAACAACUGCAUUGACGAACCUGCUUGAUAUUUCAAUCCUGUCUUGACAUCGUGAGUGCGUUGCCUCUCCGCGCGAGCUGCAUCUUCUUUCAGUCCCAUUGCUCCUUUUAAUCGGAGAAGCUACUAUAUAAGACUCGAUCUUGUCUUUCUCCUGCGCGCCACCAACACACGCGUCAAUGGAAACUUUGUCGUGUCCUGGCACGCGACAACGGAGUAUUGUUCGCGGCAUUUUCAGAUAGAUUUUCGUUGUUAUUGGACGCGAUUCAUCCGAGCUCGUGCAGUGCACAGGCGUUGAAGAAGUUUAAAUAUUUACGUGGUUAUUCGAUUCGAGUGCUCAUCAUGACGUGUGCUUGGAUUUUACUCACGAUCGUUUGCUUUUCCAUUUUGACGGUGUUGGGUCAAAGGACGCAUUUGGAUGCGCCUCAAAAUAUCAAACUUCUGCGAGCUUUUAGACAGUGGACCACAAAAGUUAUAGGACGAACAGGAAAAAAUGAGGAACUUUUAACACAUGCCAGAAAUCUAAAGCGCCUGCAAGAUUAUAUCAGUACACCAUUCCCAUGUGAUGUUUCGAAUGGUAGAUCUCCGAAAGUUCCUAAAACAGUUCACGAACUCAGACCCGGCGACAUCGACGUUAUCGGUGCAAUGGGCGAUUCUCUAACAGCCGGUAAUGGAGUAUUCGCGAGUAAUAUUUUGCACGUUCUAAUGGAAAAUCGAGGAGUCGUGGCAACAGGUGGAGGUCAAGGCAAUUGGAGAAAGUAUCUUACCCUUCCCAAUAUUUUGAAGGAAUUUAAUCCAAAUUUGAUUGGAUUCGCUACGUCCGACGCCUUUACUUACGAGAAAGCGUCCGAAUUCAAUGUCGCCGAAGGAGGAGCAAUGUCGCGCGAUAUACCUUACAUGGCUCAAGCUUUAAUCAAUCGAAUGAAAAGCGACCCUCGAGUUGAUUUGAAAAAGCAUUGGAAGAUGGUUUCCAUAAUGAUAGGCGCUAACGAUUUCUGCACCGACAUGUGCUACCUGCCAAAGGCUUCCGAUACACUGUACAAUCACAAAAAAGAUCUACUGCAAGCUCUCCGCUUACUAAAGAGCGAAAUGCCUAGGACCUUCGUCUCGGUGAUACCACCACCGCACCUACAGCUUCUGGUAGACAUGACCGGACGAUCGGCUUUUUGCGAGAUCACCGUCGACUUUGAGUGCUCGUGCUUGCUUGGUCUCACCUUCAGAGAUCGCAGACAAGCCUACUACGACAUAAUGGCGCAAUGGCAUAAGUUAGAGGAAGAAAUAGCUAUGUAUCCCGAAUUUCAAACGAACGAUUUUGCCGUAGUUAUUCAGCCAUUUACGACCAAUCUGACGUUUCCAGAAACUUCAGAUGGAAAGUCUGAUUUUAGUUAUUUAUCGAGCGACUGUUUUCACAUAAGUCAAAAAGGAAACGCAAGAGUUUCGAAUGCAUUGUGGAAUAACCUACUGCAAGCGGUGGGUGCUAAAUCUCGCAAUUGGAAAAAUACUUUCGAGGAAUUUCUUUGCCCAACUGAACGUAGGCCGUUCAUAGCAACGCCAAAAAAUUCAAAUAUCAAAAUAUAAAUAUUUUAAAGUUACUGAUUUGA